GCAUGACUGAAUUAGCUUCAAGUUGCCUUUCAGCAAUUAACGCGUUGGAAGUGUUAGAUAAAUCGCUUGCUUGGUUUCACUAUAAUUCAUUACCUCCAAGUGAUAAUAUCCGAUUAAGAAUUGAAUCUGUACAGGCACGAAAAAGGCAAAAAGUUGAUAACGAAUCUAUGAAAGAUGAUGGCGAACCAAUAACUGAAGUGGUUACAAUAACAGAUCUAACAAAACGCUACACAAUGGUAAUGGCCAGACUUGAACUAGGACGUGAAUUUUCUGAUCAAGUGACACCUAUGAAAUCUCAGGAAGCAGUCAAACUAUGUAGUUUUGCAGGCAAAUUCGACCUAGCUAUCUCAAUUGCUAAGCUAUUUGAAAUCCCUUUAGAUGAUGUAUUUGAUGGAAUGACACGAAAAUGCUUGUCGCUGAUAAACUCUAAUAUGGUCGUUUCGAA